UUGACGAGAACACGCACGUAGCUGUCAGUAGGAAAUGCAGCCUGCUGGUGUUGGAUGUAACGUUACCCAUGUCGCUGUGGUUGGAUAAAUUAAACAAAGAAAGUAAUUUUUGUUUCAGACUCUGAACUGUUACUUAGAAGGUUGCUUGAAUUUGGCGAGAAUUUUGCAGCAAGUCCGAAUGUCUAACCGAGGAGGUUGUGGAACCGGAGCUGUGGCGGGGGGUGCGUACGGAUAGGAACCCCCUGGCUAUCCAGGCGGACGGAUCACAGUGACACGCCGGUCGUGGGAGAGAUCAAAGUGGAACCAUGGCUGAAAUCUCCACCCUAUCCCCAUCCCCCCCUGCACUGGGUGAGCAUCAUGCAGCUCCAUCCAUCCCUCCAACCUCAUCUCUGCACACUGCUACCAACAGCCCUGCUCCCGAGUCUGCCAGGGAGAUGCCCACACCUAAGUCUUACCUCUACAAUGACAAAGCUUUGACUGAAAACACUCCUUCCGCACAGUCACCCUUUACUCCCCAUCCACCCUUAAUUCCUCCCAAACUCACUGCUGAGACCCCCUUCACAUUGUCGGUACACAAGGAUGCUCCACAGAGAGAGGAAUCAGGACAGAAAGAUGCAGAGACUGGAGCUCAUGUUAUUAAGCAGGAAAUGACCAGUGACCCACCAGCUGCAGAGUUCUUAACUACUAAAACAGAGACCCCACAACUGUCAAGUGAGCCAAUGGCUCAGAGUGAAGUGCAACAGGCACCCCCCUCUCCUGAUCUCAAUCCUGGUCCUAAUCUUUACCCCAAUGUACAUGUCACCCACAAUCCAAAUCCUGUCAUGGAUGAAGGUCAAUUUACAGUGGGCCAACCCCAAAUUGCCACAGCUUCAGACCCCUUGCCUGCUUCUCCAGCCUUCACCGAUACGGCAGCAUCAGCAACAGCUGAAGAGGAGAAACCUCAACCCCUGCAACAAGCACAACCCCCUCAAAUACAGCCUCCUCCGCUCUCCCCAAAGCCUGCCUCUCCAAGUGAAGCGAGGAAAGCAGAACUACCCGGCACCGAACACCCCAGCCCUAAUGUCCCACUGAUCCACGAGCCAGACUUUCCGCUGCCCAAGCCCCGACCGGCCCCUGACACCCUCAGCUACCUAGAGUCAGCCAGCCUAAUGUCGGGGACAUUGGAGUCUCUAUCUGGGCUGGGAGAGGAUGGCAGCUCUGUGGGCUCAGACUCUGAGAUCAAUGGCAUGGCUGUCAGACGCACUGAUAAAUAUGGCUUCCUGGGUGGGAGUCAGUACAGUGAAAGCACUGAAAAGGAUGUUCGAGUAGAUGUCGCCCGACAGAGGGAGGUAAAAUGGCUUGAUAUGUUCUACAACUGGGAUAAGUGGAUCAAACAUCGCUUCCAGAAGGUGAAGUUGCGCUGCAGGAAGGGGAUUCCAUCUUCUCUCAGAGCCAAAGCCUGGCAGCUACUGUCCAACAGCCAAGAGCUCCUAGAUGCCAACCCUGGAAAGUUUGAGGAGCUGGAGAGAGAGCAGGGAGAAGCUAAAUGGCUGGACAUUAUAGAGAAGGAUCUCCACAGACAGUUCCCCUUCCAUGAGAUGUUUGCUGCUCGUGGUGGCCACGGGCAACAGGAUCUGUUUCGGAUCCUGAAGGCUUACACUAUCUACCGGCCUGACGAGGGCUACUGCCAGGCCCAGGCUCCAGUGGCUGCAGUGCUGCUCAUGCAUAUGCCUGCUGAGCAAGCCUUUUGGUGCCUUGUCCAGAUUUGCGAGAAGUACCUUCCCGGCUACUACAGUGCUGGCCUGGAAGCGAUCCAGCUCGAUGGCGAGAUAUUCUUCUCCCUGUUACAGCGUACGUGCCCAAUGGCGUACCGUCACCUUAAGAAGUUCAAGAUUGACCCGAUUCUCUAUAUGACUGAGUGGUUUAUGUGCAUCUUCUCACGCACCUUACCAUGGGCCAGUGUACUUCGUGUAUGGGACAUGUUCUUCUGUGAAGGGGUGAAGAUAGUGUUUCGUGUGGGCCUGGUGCUACUGAAACAGAUGCUUGGCUCUGUGGAUAAACUUCGGGAACUACAGGGCAUGUAUGAAACCAUGGAGCGUUUAAGGAACAUCUCACCUGACACUAUCAGAGAGGACAUAUUGGUACAGGAGAUUAUCAUUCUCCCAGUGACGGAAGGGCUUAUAGAGAGGGAGUGCCGUAUUCAGGUGAGGAAGUGGAAGGAGUCCAGAGGGGAGCUGACACACCAGCCAGGCCGGCGCCUCCACGGUACAAGGGCCAUCUUCGAGUACAAACGCAGAGCCGCCGCCAUUAGCUCCGGUGGAAGCUUCUCUUUCCUGGGAAGUCAGAUCCCUCCACCAGGACCUCUCAGGGCCUCUUCCAGCCUCCUCUCACUCCCUGGCUUCCGCAGGUCAAAGGCUCCUUUCCAUUCCCAAACCAAGAAGGGCUCCUUCUCAGGGCCAUCAGGGAUGGAAGGCCUGAUGCAUCAGUCCCGACCUAAAGUAACAACAAGCCCAGAACAAGGCGUCAGCCAUAAACCACCUAUUCCUCCAGGGGCAGGUCAGAGGGAAGCGGCACCCCACAUUCCGAGCACCUUAGUCGGGGGUCCAGCUGUCUCAUCACGUGGGCCUGCUCAGGUCUCAGAAGACAACUCAGCACAGGGCCAGCGUACUGCUGUGGUCCCAACACAAAGCACAGCACCACCGCCUAGCACUCUAUCCCCCUCCCCUAAGAUUGUCUCUGAGCAAAUUACGUCUACUAUCCCCUCUCCCACUGCAAACAACACCCCUCUACUGCUAAUUCCAGAUUCAAAAAAAGAAGCUGCGCCAGCUGCUGAUGCCACAACUGGUGAGGAAGACGUAAAGAAGAAGAAGAAGAACAAAGAAGGGAAGAAGAAGGAAAAGGAAGAGGAGAAGAAAAAAAUGAAGGAAAAGAAAGAAAAGGACAAGGCGGAAAAAGAUAGGCUCAGAAAGGAGAAAGAGAGGCAAGAAAAGGAGAAGAAGAAAGGGGGGAAGAAAAAAGACAAAGGGGGAGGAGAAGCUGAAGACAAAAAUGGAGCUACAGCAGCAAGAGAUUCGGCCUAGUUUUCCAUCCUGUCAUUCCCGGAUAAUGAAAAGGGACGCUAAACAAAAAAGAGGUCAGGGCAACAAAAUACCCCCAGAAUCAGAGAGUGAUUAAUAAGAAAAAAAUGGGAUA